AUGCGCUUCGAGAUCAUUGCAGUAUUUGGCGCAAACGGUCAGAUCGGCCAACGUAUCCUGGAGAAAUUGAGCCACCACCCCACACAUAAUUUCAACAUAUUGGCUUUUAUUCAGCCUGACGACGAUCUUUCUUGCGCCGGAAACGACCACAAGACAGUCAUCAAGUCAUUUGAUCUUGAUAACCUAUCGCGGGAGAGACUAACAAAAGAUCUCCGAGGGGUUGAUGCGGUGGUAUCUGCUCUCAAUGGUAAGGCGCUGGACGCACAGCCUCUGAUCCAAGAUGCCGCAGCAGAUGCUAGUGUGAAGCGAUUUUACCCCAGCGAGUAUGGCAUGCAUCAUAUCUAUCGCAAACCAGGCGACCCGUGGGGUUAUCUGCACCCGGUUUGGAAUCAAAAAGAGAGGUUGAAUGAGCUCGUCACCCGACAUCCGGCCGUUCUAUCCGGAAAGAUGACCUACACCAUCAUCGGCUGCGGCGAUUUCUACGAUCAGGACCGCGAGCCUGUAUGGUGCCCAUGGACCCAACAUGACGUCUCCGACUACACGUUUCGCCUUAUCGGAGAUCCGGAAGCGAGAGCUGAUUUCACAAAUAUGGACGAUUUCGCCGACUACCUCGCCGCCACUCUCAUCGAGCCGGCCAAGGCGGACAACCAAUUCCUGAACUUCGUCAGCGCCACCGUAUCCCACAUGGAGAUCGCCGAUUCCCUGCGCAAGCAAACGGGCAAGACGGUUAAGAUCGAUUACUAUCCUCACGAGACAAUGCACGAGGUCGUCGACGACCCGAAGAAGGCCCCUCAGGAGCUGGGAAAAAGCAAUUUCCCUCUGGACUUUUGGUUUUUGGUGAAGGGCAUGCAGGGGCAGGGAAGGUUCAGGAGGCCGAGGGGGCAAAUCAACAACAACCUCUUCCCCGACGUCCGACCUACGACGUUUGAGAAAUACUUUGAACAGAAAUUCAAAACCUCAUAA